UCAAUUUUCCUUUACCAUCCGAUAUGAUAUGAUUCUCCAGUCUUCAAAAUCAAAAGAGAUGAUCACCAUGAACCAAAACGAAAUGGUGGUGGAUGAAGGCCUCCUUCACGAUAUCAUGCUUAACUCACCCUCCCUCCACCACCUUCCUCAAACCACGCACUACAAUUACAAUUACAAUUAUAACCCCUUUGAUGAUACUACCGUCUCCUGGAUAAACGACGCCGUUUCUUCUCCCUCUCAGUCUCAGCUCACUACCACCGCCCUUCACCUACCACCACCACCGCCGCCGCAACCACUGAUUGAUCAUCAACAAACGGAGUUGCUGCUGCCAACCGAACAGCAACAGCAAGUGGAAGAAGACUCUGCGAUAAGGCUGGUCCACAUGCUCAUCUCAUGCGCCGAUUCUCUCCAGCGAGGCCACGUGGCACACGCCGCUUCCCUCAUCGACGCCAUGCAAUCACUCCAAAGACACGUCACCACCGCCUCCGCCAUCGGCAAGGUCGCUGCUCACUUCAUCGGCGCCUUAACACGCCGCAUCUUCGCUCCUCCCCUCACCGACCGCCACGGCGGAGUCAGUGUAGUCGCCAACGACGACGGAGGCGUACUUUACCAUCAUUUCUACGAGGCAUGUCCUUAUCUCAAGUUCGCUCACUUCACCGCCAACCAGGCGAUCCUCGAGGCCUUCAGCGGCCACUCCUCCGUCCACGUCGUCGACUUCCACCUCGCGCAUGGACUCCAGUGGCCGCCGCUCAUCCAGGCGCUCGCACUUCGCCCCGGCGGUCCCCCCUCCCUCCGCAUCACCGGCAUUGGCCCUCCCUCUCCGGACCGCCGCGACGCCCUCCGCGAAACCGGCAUACGCCUCGCCGAACUUGCCCGCUCCGUCAACGUCCGGUUCGCUUUCCGAGGAGUCGCUGCGUCAAGGCUUGAGGACGUGGAGCCGUGGAUGCUACAGGUGCGGCAGGAGGAGGCGGUGGCGAUCAACUCCGUCAUGCAGCUCCACCGACUCCUAGGAUCCGAUUCGGGAAUCGACUCGGUCCUGGGUUGGAUCCGGAGGUUAAACCCUAAGAUCGUAACCGUGGUUGAACAAGAAGCGAAUCACAACCAGACCGGGUUCUUGGAACGAUUCACGGAAGCGCUGCAUUACUACUCGGCCGUUUUCGACUCGCUAGAGGCUUGCCCAAACGAACCGGAUAAGUCGCUAGCCGAAAUGUACCUGGAGAGAGAGAUUGGCAACGUGGUUUGUUGUGAGGGGCCGGCUCGGGUGGAGAGGCAUGAACCACUGGCCCAAUGGAAGGCCCGGUUGGAGAAAUCAGGGUUUAAGUGUGUGGGCCUGGGCUCAAAUGCGUUAAGGCAGGCGAGCAUGUUAUUGAGCUUGUUCUCAGCUGAGGGGUACUGCGUUGAAGAGAAGGAAGGAUGUUUGACUUUGGGUUGGCAUGGGAGGCCCCUCAUUGCUGCUUCGGCUUGGCAACCCUUUCCCCUCACCCCUGACCCACACCCGCACCCACAUUGGCUUCCUUAGUCUUACUCUUAGUCUUGUAUCUUUCAAACUGUUUGGAGCCAUAAGUGGUUGUACAAUCAUUUUCAUCCCCCCUUUUUUGGAUUCUUCUAUUAUCUCUGGGCUUUUCCUUGUUAUGUUCUUUUCCAUUUUAUGUUGCAUAUUUGUUAUGUGAAAUGGCUACUAAGAAUUUAUCUCUUAUAUACUUGGCUACUAUACAACAUUUACUUUUAAUUCCAUAGAGCAAAGACAUGAAAGGUUUAACUUGCUUGCAUGUAUAAUAGGUUAAUUGAGAGGAACCCGGGUGGUGUAAGAGAAUUGAUUGGGGUUAAGGUCAAGGGUGCAAUGCAUGUGAGUUUGCCCAACAAUGAAUGAGAAAAGGGUUUCAUGGCAUGGGACCAUCCAAGGAAUCAUCAUUAAGUGAAGGCAAAGAUCGAUGGAGACUAGAAUUUGUGUUAUGCCUUUCGUAGUGUCACCCCUUACCUUCUUGCCUCGUGGAAAAUGUAACAGGUCAUUAUCCUGCUUUGUCAUUCUUUUACUUUUUGUUGGGAUAAUUUCGGAAUCUAAAAGCAUAGUAUUUAGUCAU